AUGCACCACGGGACACCGUUAGUUGGUCUUGGGGGGAUUUGGACUGGUGCUUACGAUCUCGCAUAUUCAGAGGUCUUGGCCGCUGUGUCCUUCGAGGAUAUCCACAAACUCGCCAACGAUCUGCUGCGAGACGCGCCGUGGAUGUCCAGCCCAUUAACGGUAGAUUUCCAGGAGCAACACGUCCUCGCAACGAUCACUAUAUCCUUCUCAGUCGAGCUUCAGGCGCCUCAGACUCCGACUUCCUUCCUCCCGUCAAUGCCCUUUAACCUCGACAGAACGUUAUCCUCGGAACCACCGACCGGGGUACAUCGCGUGGGAUACAGUGGGGCGUAUGGGGGAUAUGGGGGAGGAUAUGCAGGCUCUUCUUAUGACGGAAGGCCUUCUGAGUAUCUCUCCGGAAUUGUUCCUUACGCAUCGAACUCUCCUUACGACUUCGACUCGACACCUGCGAAAGGGACCCCCUACGACUUUUGCAAUGCAGCACCUGUGGAUACUGGGAAGAUUCUCUAUAGCGUUGUAGGGACCAAGCGGCCGAAGCCGCGAUGA